AUGUACAUCAGCUGGACACAUUUCUAUAUUCCGAAACUUUUCGCAGGUCUCGCAUUCCUUGUAAACCCAAUAUUUGUCUAUUUGAUUUUCACUGAAAAAUCGAAUAAAUUCGGAAAUUAUCGAUUUUUAUUGUUAUAUUUUGCUAUCUUUAAUUUGGUCUACUCAAUGUUUACUAUUCUGGUGCCAAUUGACAUCCACUCCUACCGCUACUGCUUCUUCGUCUUCCUGAGUGAUGGCUGGUUUCUAGAAGCAUCUGGAAUCGGAUUCCACUUGCUCUCCGCCAGAUGUUCUCUUAUAUCUGGUAGCUAUGCAGUGCUAUUAACCCAUUUUAUUUAUAGAUAUCUAGCGAUUCGAAAUAGUUUUAUUGCUACCAGAUUUAAGUUAUAUAUGGCAGGAACACUGAUUCUAUUUCUUGUAUAUUUUGGAACAUGGAAUGUGAUCGUUCAAACCCUUGCAUGGUCUCCUGGUGAAGUGAAGGAUUACAUUAAAACAGAAUUCUUCGAUAUUUAUGGUAUAGAACCGCCUAACGUGAACAUUAUCUCAAUGUUAUACAAUGUGAGUACAGCAGCUGCACAGUCCAACAGAGCGCACUUGCAGGAGGGCUCAUCAGAAGUCAUCCUCCGCUCCUGGGUGGUUCUUAUCAGCUUAACCAUUAUUUCCGUGUCAUCAAUUCUAUCAUAUUUCAUUCUCGGCUACUUGACCAUCAAAAAACUAAACGAAAACGCGAUACAAUUCAGCCAAAAGACAGCAAAUCUCCAAAAAGAUCUACUCAAAGCACUUUCUGUUCAAACUAUUAUCCCAAUAUGUGUCAGUUUCUCCCCUUGUGUCAUUUGUUGGUACAGCCCUAUUUUCAAUAUAAAUUCUGGGAGAUUCCUAAACUACCUUGAAGUCAUCGCCCUCUCCGCAUUCCCAUUCUGUGAUCCCGUCGCCAUUGUUCUCUGUCUUCCCGCACUUCGGAAACGAGUAUUAUCCGGAAAAUCGAGAAGCAUAUUUAUUAAUGCCUCCAACCGGCAGCCGAAUCAAUGUCAAGAAUGA